CAUCUGUAGACACGCGCAUAACUGAUUCCGUUUUAUCACCUCCGUCUCGCUCCUCUGUGCACAUGCCUCUGCAAUAAUCUACUCAUGUUUUACCGAUCCGUCACCUACAGAAGAAUCGCAAGAGGUGCAUUCUCGCGCAAGCCUGCGAGUAUCGCGUCUGCACGUGAGAGGUGUAUAGUCUGAACGCUAAAAUUUGCCGUUUCCGAUUUGUACUUCUCGGCGCUCGACUCUUCCAGCUUUUCUUCACGUGCAUGCGCGGUAUAUCCGGGUCUUUUCAGAGUGGAUAACGAGGUGGCGAGCUCCAACAUCCACCUCAUUCACGGCGGUGCAUUCCUCCCUUCGUGGUACAGGAUAUCGACGAAAAGAAGAAAAAGUUGCUGGUCUUCUUGCUCAGACCGUCCUUCCCCGUACCAUUCAAUUGACAUUUUCUUCGGCUGUCUGCCAUGCUACCGUACAUACUUGUGUUUUAUUUACGCAUGUGCCUGUGCACCUGCACUCCACGAAGCCGUCCGUUUGAAAGCGUAAACACAAGACUAGCACUGCGUCGAGACGUUGCAUGAGCCACUUGAAUCGUCCGGUAAAGAGACUGGAACAAACGAUUUCGAAAAUACAUGAACGACGUCAACGACGAUGUCUGCGACAGCCUCAGUCUUCGCUCCUCCGGAUGCCUCAAACGCCGCACCUGUGCUGCUUCAGUUCUACUACCAGACAGGCUGGCAGUCGGCCGUCUUGCACUUCCAACAACAUCUGGAGAAUGGGAAGCUCGACUGGAAGGAUCAGACAAUGGAGAGCUGCGGAGAACGCGGACGCGAGGACUGGCAAGCAUGUGAACUUCUGCUGGAGCCUCGCGUCGUGUGUCUCGAGUUUGUCUGCUGCAAUGGCGAACGCACGCACUGGGACAACCCCGGCCCUGGCACCUGUUCUCCCAACACUCAGAACUACAUGCUUCAUUUCUGCGCUUCUGGGAAGCGUGAGGAGUCGGAGAUACCCGAUUUAAUGCCGACUCGCGCGCGGAUUGCUUCGCGUAACGUCCUUGGUCGUCAAAGAGACACGGAAGCGCCUGCGAGGGCUUCAAAAGAAAAUCCAGAGCCUCUUCGGCGCGUCGUCGCCGUCCUGGCUUCUGGCCAACUGGCUACUCUCGAUGGUCCACCCUGUCUCCUCAUCACUGAUCUCGAUGGGACUUUCCUUGGAAAUGAUCACUACCUUUGGCUGCUGAAGAACCACUGGAAUCUGAAACAUCUGUGGCGAGGUUCGCAGCUGGUCUACAACACCGGCCGCAACCUGAAAGACUUUCUCAAUGUAGCUGGAGAGAAACAACUUCCUCGUCCGGCAUAUGCGAUUCUGGGAGUCGGAACAGAAAUUUAUUCGUUUCCGGAUGCGCCCUCGCCACUUGACGCUGCAGAGGCGUCGGAGUUUCAAGCAGAGGCCGCCGAAUGUGUGGGGUCGAGCUGGCCGGCCUGGUGCCCGUCCCGCGCUCACGCCCACUUCGACGAAACCUGGAAGAGCCGCAUUGAGGGCCAGUUCGAUCGACGAGCUGUAGAACAUGAAGUGAAAGCGACGAUGGCGGGGUGUCAUGUGAACGGAAAUGCGUUUCACGACCCGUAUCGUCUGUCUGUGUCUGUUCCACUGGACCUCGUCCAUGCGGCGCUGCACAUGCCCCCGAGCACCAGUGACUCGGAGACCGGCCCCGCUGUCGCCUGCAAAGCUCAACAGAACGGGAGACCCACGGAGGCGACCGCUGUGGCCUAUCUCCGAUCGCUUAUCGACUCUCACAGCAAAAAGAUCUGCGUGAGUGGUGGCGGAGACUGGAGAUACCUCGACAUUCUUCCCAGAGCCGGUGGAAAGUUGAAUGCAUCCCUCUUCGUCAUGGAGCAACUCGGUUUCAAGAAGUCACGGACGAUCGUCGCUGGCGACAGUGGAAACGACAUCGACAUGUUUUGCGACCCCGACAUUCUCGGCGUCUGCGUGCGAAAUGCACAACCGGAACUUUUGAAUUUCCUUCAAAGUUUUCACGGCCGAGGAAGUGCGACUGACGCCGCGAGGGCCGCAGGCGAGGCGAUGCUCGACGAACUGACAAAUGCCCAGGCUCGACAUGGACGGGUGACUGUCGACGCUCACGAAAGAGACUUCCUGGCUCCAGCUCACCUCAGAACUCUCCAACCCACCAUGCAUGUCUGCUUCGCCACUCACGAUUGCGCAGGAGGCAUUUUGGAUGGUCUACUUUUCUUUAAAUUCGACAAAACGAUACCUGACAUGUAGUUUUACCGCUUUUUCCAGCUGUUUGGAAGAUUCGCAAGCACAGGCUGUUCGCUACCUAGACGGCGGAGGCAGUAACAGAGUGGACGCGAUAAGCUGUUGUGAGCGAAGUUUCCGGCACAUGCAAAGAACACAGAAGUCAUCUGACCGCUUCCUUUAGUGCAAACGUUCCAGCGGGCCCUUUUCUGAGGUAUGCACGCAGGGCACAGCCUCGAAAAGAAAACCAAAAAGACUCGAGCUUGCCUUCGUGUCGAAACAAUCCUAAGCCACGGGUGCCGAGACAGUUGCGGUGCUGUUCGACAGUGGACAUACUGCAACCACCAAAUACAAAUGAAUACGCCUUUCUGCAUCCACAUCAGGGCAAGGGAAAUGCCGGUGACUUGUUCGAGGGCGGUACUUCGUAAGGUGAUCUCAACCCACGAGGAACGCCACCGUACAGCUGAAGCCGUCGGUGAAUCUGCUUUCUGGGGAAAUCCGCUGCCUCUCCAACUCUAUACAUCCUCACUGGAUCACAAGCUGCUGCCAGGACAGACAGCUCGAAAUGAGCGACUGUGGAUCAGCUGCUUUCUCCACAUGCUGCCUGCGUUCAGCAGCGAUGGAACACGCAUCGAUAUAACGAAAUGCACACAGUCGCCGUCAACGCGACCAUGAGAUUGGAGCUGUAGUAACCGCUUUCGUUCUGUCUGCCCUGAAUCGAGAAGAGGCAUUUAGAAUCGUAGAAAAGGAAGAGCGAACUGUCUCAGUCCGUUUCCCGGGCUCUCUGCACCCGUCACUCGGCCGCGACAACAAUCGCAAGCUGGGUUCGCUGGGCGUAGCGGUUACCGAAGUCAUGAACACAGCGGCUGCGUUUCUGCGUUACGCCCCCGAAUCACUCUUCUCUAAUUGGAACCAAGAAUCGAUCUGGUUCCUAGAAAUUCGCAUUUUCGCGCGCGAGCGGAUGCCGUAUCGCCAGCCUUGUUGUGGUGUGAUACUGUCUCGGUGUGCUGCGGCCCGGCCCCGCUCGAGUGUUGAUUCUGUGCACUUCCUUUUAAG